AUGAUCCUCAUGGAGAACAAUACAGAGGUGACUGAGUUCAUUCUUGUGGGUUUAACCAGUGACCCAAACCUGCAGAUCCCCCUCUUCAUAAUCUUCUCUCUCAUCUACCUUAUCACUCUGCUUGGGAACCUGGGGAUGAUGGAGUUGAUUCUGUUGGACUCCAGACUCCACACACCCAUGUACUUUUUCCUCAGUAACCUCUCUCUGGUGGACUUUGCUUACUCCUCAGCCAUCACUCCCAAGGUGAUGGCAGGAUUCCUCACAGGAAACAACAUCAUCUCCUACAAUGCUUGUGCUACCCAGUUCUUCUUCUUUGUAGCAUUUAUCACUGCUGAAAGUUUCCUCCUUGCCUCAAUGGCCUAUGAUCGCCAUGCAGCUGUGUGUAAACCCCUCCAUUACACCACCACCAUGACGACAGGUGUGUGUGUAUGUCUUGUCACAGGGUCCUACUUCUGUGGUUUCCUGAAUGCCUCCAUCCACACUGGGGACAUUUUCAGUCUCUCCUUCUGUAGGUCCAAUGUGGUUGAUCACUUCUUCUGUGACGCGCCUCCUCUCCUGACUCUCUCCUGCUCAGACACCCACACCACUGAGAUGGUAAUGUUUUUUGUGGUGGGUUUCAAUGUCCUCUUUUCUGUCCUGGUCAUCUCGAUCUCCUACCUGUUUAUAUUUAUCACCAUUCUGAGGAUACGCUCAUCUGAUGGACGCCAAAAAGCCUUUUCCACCUGUGCUUCCCACCUCAGUGCUGUCUCCAUCUUUUAUGGGACAGGCAUCUUCAUGUACUUACAGCCCAGCUCCAGCCAUUCCAUGAACACAGACAAAAUGGCAUCCGUAUUCUACACCAUGAUUAUCCCCAUGCUGAAUCCACUGGUCUAUAGUCUGAGGAACAAAGAGGUUAAGAAUGCCUUUAAAAAGACAGUGGGAAAGGCAAAGUCUUCAGUAGGAUUCAUACUUUAG